UAAAUUUACUAUUGCUAUAUUGUUGGCAUGUUAUUGUGCAUCAGUGUACAGCAGUUUUCCGUCCGAUAUCGAAAGAUGCAAAUUGGCAGAUCCCAAUUUGAACAAGUGUAUGAGGGAACAAGCGGAGAAAGUAUUCCGGAAGUAUUCAAAAAGCGGCUUGAAGGAAAUUGGUUUGAUCUCGGUGGAUCCUUUGGAAAUUACCGAAGUUUCAGCAACUGGCGAAAAUGGUGUAAAUGUGGAUCAAACCUACAAGAACAUGAAAAUUUAUGGAUUUACAUCUAGUUCUGUGAAUAAGUUCGACGUCGAUUUUGAUAAGUGUGAAAUGGAGAUGAUCACAACAACUGAAGACAUUAUUGUACUCGCUGAUUACAAACUGAAAGGACAAUUGUUCUUGUUUCCCAUCGACAGUGAAGGCAAAUCCAAUUUCACAUUACACAAACCCGUAUUGCAGCACACCAUAAAGUGCGAAAAAAACAUGAUCAGGGGCAACGAACAUUUACAUAUUACGGACUUCAAGACGGAUUUUGUUGAGUACAAUAUAGAACUCUAUUUCGAUAAUCUGGUAGCUGGAAACGAUGAAAUCAGCAAAGGAAUUGCCAACGUUCUGAAGGAAAACCCCAAUGAAAUAUUUAUUGAGGUGAAAUCAUCUCACGCGAAAGCAUACGCUCUUCUGUUUAAGCGAGUCUUAAAUAAUGUAUUUAAAAAAUUGCCAUUGAAAGAACUAUUUGUUUAA